UCGCGCCAAUGUUAUUUUAGGUUUAAAUAAAACUUAAAUAUAUGUCUGUUUAUUUAGAAAGAAAGAUAAAGAUGAACGAUUUAUCCGAUAGAAUCGUAUUAAAAUGAACCAUGUAAUUUUUCUCGUUAUCGUUUGAACUUCCCGCCACGGUGAACAGUAAUCUCGAACAAGAUGAGAGAUAGCGCUUCCGGCCGAGGUGCGGAGAUUUAAUCGGCGUAAUGCUCCUCUAUAGGAUCGUCGCUGAUCGAUGGCGGGGCCGUCGUACGAAACAUGGCGUCCGUGAGGUUAUUGCUGUGAGUGCUGCUUCGUUUUCUAUUGUUAAAUGUGGCAUCGUCGCGCGGACUGCGGGCUGACGCGGUGCGUCGUGUCCUCGGGGCCGGCGAGGGCGUCUACUUGAACCCCACCGCUAUUUGGGUCUUGGGGGCCGCUCGUAGGCGCGGUUAUCGGACAACGAAAGGAGACACGGGUCCCGUCAACACAGAGUGGGCGCUUGUGGGUAUACACACCCUGACGCGCGGGACUCGCUUGGGAUCAAGUUUCGUCACGAGCGUGCCGCGACCUUCACCGUCCGGACCGAGAUCUGCCAUCGCGAGCCGCGACCCCACGGCGAGCGUCCUCCAGGUAGGGCGAGCGGGAGCCCCGUGCGCCGCCGCCGCCGUCGUCGCCACCGCCGCUUCCGCCGCGCACGAACACGCACUUCAGAAUGCCGGUCUCCCCGUGAUGGAAUUGUUUUUGUGCACGGGGUGAUAGAGACAGGAACCCGGGAGAUCGUCCUCUUUCUCUUUCCGUCGCGUGGCCGCCGUCGCGAGAACGCUCGCACGUUCCUCGAGCUUCGAUGGGAAACAGCACGGUGGUCACGACGUGCCGUUGCCCGAUCUCGCAGUCGCCGUAGCAAUCGUCACAAUCGACGAGAGCAUCCGACGUGAGCGCGGUGUUCCGGGAGCACGGCACCGCCGUCGAGGAUGCGCCCAGCGACGGAACGACAACGCUAGUCUAUAUAGUGCACGAUUCCAAAUGUAUUCCCCCUACCGUAUUGGGAAACGGCAAGGUAAACACUAAACAGAGAAAUAAAGAGAGAACAGUGAAUGACCACCCUGGUGUUUUUACUCACCUCGUCGCGUGAACAAAGUACCGUUGUGUGUGUGGCGAGAGGAAAAGAGUGUGAUUUACGCUACAGAAGAGAGGAGUACGGAGAGUGCUGAGCCAUAUGCCGCCAGCCGGGCUAUCGGCGAGAGGCUUGUCUACCUUGAUGGACCACGGACAACCAGAUGCUCGUCAUCGGAGCGAGCGUUUCCUACUGUAUUCAGAGAAUGGCUCCUCACAUCCUCAUAGUCCCAACACGGCCAACUCAUCACCACGGUACCAAUACAACAGUCGAACCAAUAGUCACACCACUAGUUACGGGUCCAUAUAUGGACGCACAUCUAGCAACAAUAUGUCUGAUAGCAGUGUUUCUGACACACAUAGUGGCGGAACUGCGAGAACUGUCUCUCAACAGACCAGUCCAUCUCAUGGCACACAUUCCUCUUCUCAGUCGCGGCAGGACAACAGCACUACCAUUUUCACAGCCCUCUUUGAUUAUGUUGCUCAGGGUGAAGAUGAAUUAUCUCUGCAAAGAGGGGAAACUGUUGAGGUUUUGUCCAAGGACGCCAAAAUCUCAGGCGAUGAGGGAUGGUGGACUGGAAAGAUUCGUGGAAAGGUGGGAAUCUUUCCAGCAAACUUUGUUGCAGAGGCAGAAAGCAUCGAUCGAGUUUCGUCGGUGAUCGAUAAAGUCCAACCAAUUGAGAUCGAUUUCGAGGAACUACAAUUGGAAGAAGUUAUAGGAGUUGGAGGAUUUGGAAAAGUGUACAGGGGCUUUUGGAAGAAACGCGAGGUAGCUGUAAAAGCUGCGCGCCAAGAUGCGGGCGAGGAACCCAGUGUCACAUUAGAAAAUGUACGACAGGAAGCGAAAUUAUUCUGGUUGUUGAAACACGAAAAUAUUGUACAAUUAGAAGGAGUAUGUUUAAAGAUGCCCAACAUGUGUCUUGUGAUGGAGUACGCCCGCGGUGGCAGUCUUAAUAGAGUUCUUAGUGGCAGAAAAAUAAGGCCCGAUGUGUUAGUCGAUUGGGCGAUACAGAUCGCAAGAGGGAUGGAUUAUCUUCACAAUAAGGCACCCAUCAGUCUUAUUCACAGGGAUCUGAAAAGUUCCAAUGUAUUAUUGAGUGAGCCGAUUGAAAACGACGACUUCCAAUACAAAACUCUAAAGAUCACGGACUUUGGUUUGGCAAGGGAAGUGUACAAAACAACACGUAUGUCCGCAGCGGGCACAUACGCUUGGAUGGCUCCGGAAGUUAUUAAGAAAAGUACUUUCAGUAAAGCCAGUGAUGUAUGGAGUUAUGGUGUGUUGCUGUGGGAACUUUUGACGGGGGAGACACCAUACAAGGGUAUUGAUGCUUUGGCUGUAGCAUAUGGUGUUGCUGUCAACAAGCUAACUCUACCUAUACCAUCCACUUGUCCCCAGCCAUGGAGGGUUCUUAUGGAAGCUUGUUGGGCAUCGGAUAGUCAUGCUCGACCUGGAUUCACGGACAUUUUAAUAGCCUUAGACGAAGUACGUAAUGCAUUCGCGGCGACGCCACACGAAUCUUUUCACACAAUGCAGGAAGAUUGGAGACUGGAGAUCGAACAAGUUCUGCAUGGAUUGCGCAUGAAGGAAAAGGAGCUGCGCUGUAGAGAAGAAGAACUGACGAAGGCACAGGUACAACAGAGACAGCAUGAAGAGAAUUUGAGACAGCGGGAACAGGAAUUAGCCGCGCGCGAAAUAGAUCUCUUGGAAAGGGAACUCACCGUAAUGAUUAUUCAGCAACAAAACACGCCUACGCCGAACAAGAGACGUGGCAAAUUUAAGAAGUCGCGAUUAAAAUUAAAUAAAAAGGAACCUGGGAGCAAUAUUAGUGCUCCUUCGGAUUUUCGUCACACGAUCACCGUUCAACACACAGCUUUAGAUCGAGGCAAAGUGAGGAAUCCAUCGAGGCCCAACAGUCCACCAGGCUCACCUAGUAUUCCGAGACUCAGAGCGAUCGCAUUACCGGCGGACGGAGUUAAGGGUAAGACUUGGGGACCGUCGACGCUACAUCAACGUGAGCGCGGAGCUAUUAUCACCCAGCCGCCGAAUCCCGCCUCCCCUGGCGGCAAACGCUGGUCCCGUUCCGCGCCAGAUCUCGAAAAGACACCUCUGCGUACAGCCCUGUUGGCGAACGCGCACCGCUCCCCGCUUCUGCAGGAAAUAGGCCUCUCUGAGGAAAGCAUCUACCACACCCAUUAUACAGCAUUACCACCCGAUCUGUCGGCCGACUGGAUCACGUCGGAAUAUCCACUGAAGCCCGGGCUGACCGGGCCCUACAUCAUGCCGAUGCCUGUACCCAUGCCCACCCUCUACAACGGCGAAACGAAAAAACCAAAGCUAAGCAUAGUCGAGCUGGUACUGUACAACAUUGCGGCGAUGCUGGCCGGCGUGGCCACCGGCUACGACGUCAGAAUGUCGAACAUAUCCCCGAUACACCCGCGCCUGUAUCCCCGGCUGGGCGAGUGCGAUGAGGAUCAGCCCAGGUGGUGGUUCCAAGCGGACACCGGGUCGAAUCGUAACUCCUACCUCGGCGCUGAUUACGAGUUCAGCUCGAGCAGCGGCUAUCCGCACAAUACUUAUCACGGACGGGCACACCAUUACAGGCCGUUCCUGAGUAGCAUGGGUGGCAUAGCGCCUGGACUUCCAUCCGCGGCGAUAUCGGACAAGCCGUUGCGCUUCACGGACUCACCACAGCAUUACACGAGCAGCACGACGGGCUCCAACGCCCCGACGCCGAGUCCGAGGAGGAAGAGCAGCAGCAGUACCAGCAACGAGGACGCGUACUCGCAUGACGCGGGUCGCGUCGAUCGUAUGGAGAGGGUGCCGACGAUAUACAUGGGCAAUGUCGCUCCGUUUCCGGAUUAUGGACCACCGAUGUAUACCACCGUCGUACCACCGGAGUACUAUCGGCCUCCAGAUCCGACGUAUUUUAUACCUACAGAAUAUCACGAUCGGAUGCUCGAGUGCCCCGAGUUCCCGCACGCGUAUGACAAUCCGAGUAGCAUAAACAGUCCAGCCAGGCCAGUGUCCAGGCUUCUACCCUACACGCAUCAUCGUACCUCGUCGAACGUUUCCAAUGCCAGCACGUCGAGUCAGAGCAAUGUCAACCCAACGUUCCGGUUGGAGGAUGAAGACGACUACGGCGUAUACUCGUCGAUUACACCGUAUUAUCAGCGACCCUCGAACGUUAUUUCCAAUUUAGCGACGACGUAUGGCUCAAGCAUACUCAAUCACGAAUACGGCUCACCGAUGCUGACUCGCCAGAACUCGCACGAUUCCAAUUCGAAUUCCGGCGAACGGCCGAGUAACCUGGAAGUAGUCACGCGGCUGCGUUCGAGCCUGAAACGAUCCAGUUACAAUCCGUACAACUCGCCGAGCAAAAGCGUGAGCAAAAACAAUUCCGGUUCGGGUACACCGACGAAUCCGACGCCGCCGGAUUCGCUCACAUCCGAGGAUUCGAGCUAUGUCUCGGCUAAGGAUAGUCAGAUCUCUAUCAGUCGGGUACGCUUCUCCCCGGUGACGUUUGAUCGCGACAACGUACCGACACGCGACAUCCACAGGGAAACUUUAUUGGAUAUUCCAGUUCAUGGUCAGAGUCAGGACGUAACGGUGCCGCUGCAGGCUAACCGUCGACUCAAUCGAAGCAGAAAGCCGAGCAUCUCGGAGCUUGAGAGGGAGUUCUUGUCAUAGCACUGGCUUAUUUAAAGCCGCACGGUUCUCUUUCAUGUAGAACCGGUUGGAUUGAGCGGGUUCAUUGAUUCUUUAUCUAUUUAUCAAUAUUUCUAGCAACUGAUAGUCCUACGACGGAUCUCUUUACGCCUUCGAUUAUACAAUCGCGAUUACGAGAUCGUUGACC